AUGGAGAAAACACUCUUAAUGAUAGAAAACUGGGAUGUAUUGGAACUGAAACAGGCUACGAAGCCAGGAAACUCAAAGAAUAAUCGAAUCGCUCAAUUGAAAAGAGCCGGUACAACUGUUCGUGAAUGUGGUUUUAUUGGUAAGGGUCUGCGAUUUUCUGACGAAGGAAUUGCUAUGCCAUCUUCCCUUAUGCGAAUCAAAAAUUGCUUCAUGAGUGGGUGCUCGUGCAACCCGAGCCCUGUUGGAUAUCCCCCAUCCUUAGAUGCAGUCGAUAGUCAACCAAACGCAACACGAACCCUAUUGGAUACCCAUUCUUGUACGCAGUUGCUAGUCGACUGA